AUGAGUAACCCAAAGACUUGCCGCUUCUGCGGCAGUGAUGAGUUGGAGCGCAGCGAGCAUAAGGGGGAACUUACUUGCUGCAGGUGUGGGGCUGUCCUAGAGGAGAGCGGAAUUGUUGAGGGACUCCAAUUCACUGAAUCUGCUGGAGGGGGCAUGGCCUUGGCAAUGAAGAGGGACUGGAUUGCAACAGGAAGGAGACCAAUGGGUUUAUGUGGUGCUGCUCUGCUAAUUGCUGCUCGUUAUCAUGAAGUACAUGUUGAUGCAGAACAAGUUGCUGCAGCAGUACGUAUAUCGUCCCCUACAUUAUCUAAACGUUUAUAUGAAUUCAAGAGGACAGCAGUUGCUCAGCUUCCUGCUGCUGCACUAGGGGAGACAGAUUUGCUGCAGUUGCCUGCUCUCCCUCUUCCUCCUUGUCGUCUUACUAAAAAGAGACACCAGCAGCAGCAGCAGCAGCAGCAACCACCACAGAUAUUAGAUGCAGAGAAGGAGACACUUCAACUCAAAGACGGAAGUGCAGCAACACCAGCAACAGAGGCAGCAGAUGAACCAGCAGAGCCACCAGCAGCAGCAGCAGCAGCAACAGAUGGACAAAAGGAGACAGAGGGGAGGCCUUUGCCUCUUGGUGCUGGCAACGAUGCUGUCUGCAACGAGCUUCCUUCCUCAGGAGACAUCUUGUCUGUAGCUGGUUGGAUAGUCCAAACAAUUAGUACCUCUAAUCCAGAAGAAGCAGCAGCAGCAGCAGGAGCAGCAGCAGGAGCAGCAGCAGGAGCAGCAGGUGCAGGAGAUGCAGCAAAUGCAGCAACAGCAGCAGGAGGAGACAGCUCCACAGCAGACACGAAAGAAACAGGCUCUGCAUCAGGAGACAAUCAGCAAGGCAUGCAAACAGCAGCAGGAGCAGCAGCAGCAGGUGCAGCAGCAGCAGCAGCAGCAGAGGGAGAAGAGGAGACAGUGCGAAUCACAGAAAGCGAAAAUCCUCUCGCUGAUCUCCUCAGAUCUGUCAGGGCAAGAGCUGAUGAGUUGCUGCCUCCUGAGGAGACACAAGGAUCUGCAACAGCAGCAGCAGCAGCAAACAGCGAUGAAGCUUACUUUUUGCAUGCAGCCUCAGGAGGAGCAGCAACAGGUGCUGCUGCUGCUGCUGCUGACUAUGAGGAGCAGCAGGGGGAAAAGGAAGAAGAAGAAGAUGAUGAUGAUGAUGAUACAGUAGCAGAUAUGCUUCUUAAUGAGGAAGAAAGACAAACUAAGGCACUUAUCUGGUACCAACGCAAUGCUGCCCUUGCUGCAGCUGCGAGUGCAGCAGAGUCUGUGCGCCUGUCUCUUGAGCGUAAAGGGAAGGGCCUCGCACAAAGAAUUGAUGAGGAGGCCCUUGAGGCCCUAUUUGCUGCUAGGAAGGUUAUAGACCUCUAG